CCGGGCCACAGGCGGAGCUACCGCCCCGCCGCGACUUUCGGACUCGGACCAUGGCCUCGUGCUGGUGGCGGUGGCUGCGCUGCUGCGCCUGGAGGCCGUCGGCGCGGAGCCCCGGGCCCCGCUCCCCCGGCCGCGCGGGGCCGUGCGGGCCGCGCGCCUCUGCGGACGCCCGCGCGCAGAUGUCCUAUUUUAAUCUUGUGAAGAGUUUAACAUCUGCUUUUCCAAAUAUAUAUAGUAUACCACGGUUCCAUCACACGACGUCGGCAGUGUGUUGUCAUAGUAAAACCCGGAGUGGUGAGAAAUACACCGAUCCUUUUAAACUUGGUUGGAGAGACUUGAAAGGUCUAUAUGAGGACAUUAGAAAGGAACUUCUCAUAUCUACAAAAGAACUUAAGGAAAUGUCUGAAUAUUACUUUGAUGGAAAAGGAAAAGCUUUUCGACCAAUUAUUGUGGUGCUAAUGGCCCGAGCCUGUAAUAUUCAUCAUAAUAACUCCCGAGAUGUGCAAGCCAGCCAGCGCUCCAUAGCCUUAAUUGCAGAAAUGAUCCACACUGCUAGUCUGGUUCACGACGACGUUAUUGAUGACGCAAGUUCUCGGAGAGGAAAACACACAGUUAAUAAGAUCUGGGGUGAAAAGAAGGCUGUUCUUGCUGGAGAUUUAAUUCUUUCUGCAGCAUCUAUAGCUCUGGCACGAAUUGGAAAUACAACUGUUAUAUCUAUUUUAACCCAAGUUAUUGAAGAUUUGGUGCGUGGUGAAUUUCUUCAGCUAGGGUCAAAAGAAAAUGAGAAUGAAAGAUUUGCACACUAUCUGGAAAAGACCUUCAAGAAGACUGCCAGUCUGAUAGCUAACAGUUGUAAAGCAGUCUCUGUCCUGGGGUGCCCCGACCCAGUGGUGCACGAGAUUGCCUAUCAAUACGGAAAAAACGUGGGGAUAGCUUUCCAGCUGAUAGAUGAUGUACUGGACUUCACCUCGUGUUCUGACCAGAUGGGCAAACCAACAGCAGCCGAUCUGAAGCUCGGGUUAGCCACCGGCCCUGUCUUAUUUGCUUGUCAGCAGUUCCCAGAAAUGAAUGCAAUGAUAAUGAGACGGUUCAACUUGCCAGGAGAUGUAGACAGAGCUCGACAAUAUGUAUUACAGAGUGAUGGUGUGCAACAAACAACCUACCUCGCCCAGCGGUACUGCCAUGAAGCAAUAAGAGAGAUCAGUAAACUUCGACCAUCCCGGGAAAGAGAUGCCCUCAUACAACUUUCAGAAAUUGUCCUCACAAGAGACAAAUGACAGCUCCUUCUGUUAUUUCUGGCAGCUAUUUUACCAGACUGUGCCUAAAGAAUUUUGUGGAAUAUACUUUGCUUCAUGUGCAGAUAACCAAAAAUCAUUUUAAAAAAUCAUUUCAACCUUAUUGAUGGGCAAUUUUUUUAUUGGCAAAGUUUUUCAGAAAACUUUUUAAAUGUCAUUAAGCCAUCUGAAUCUGUCAUUCUAGUCCUGUAAAUUCUAAUCGAGGUAUCUUGAUGGUUAUAUGUGGUACUGUUUACACUGUUAAUAUCCACAUGUAAAGCCAUUACACAAAUAAAUAAUCAAUGUUAAAAUUCAAAUGGUUUAUCUUGUUUCAUCAUAGGAGUAAAGGUCAGAAAAUUGUGAAGUCUACGUUUCAGUCCACAUUACUUACUUAGGUUUUAACAGUAUCCAAAAUUUCAUAUAGGAGAAUGCUUUAUUAUAAAAGACUGUACAUAAAAUUUAGACAACAGGUUAUAUACAAAAUUAAGAGAACAUUUCACUCGAAAAAAAUGAAGAAGGUAGCUAGCCAAUCACUAGUGAUACUGAAAUCAUGUUCGAAGUUAACAAAGGCAAAAUGCAUAUGCAACAGUCACAUGGAUUUGGUAGCAACAAUGGUCUUUAAUUUUCAGGAAUAAAUGUUUUGCACUAGUCUUACCAUUUACUAUGCUGUAAUAAGUCUGUAAUGCCCAGUACAUAACUGUAAUUUGAAAUCCAAACAAAUCCUCAAUACACAGAAACCCACACUUGAGUGCUCUACUUCAAUAUCCUAGGCAGUAUAGAAUCAUACACAAGAUAAGAAAACAGCCCUCUAACCCUCCCUUAAAUUAAGAGGAGACACACAAAGUGCAUGUGUUGCAUUUUGAUUAUGUCAAAAGACAGUAUAAAUCUAUUGGUCAGGUAUAUCCCUGUUCAGUGAUUAAUACAUGACCCACCUUUUUCCCCAAUUAUUUUUAAGUUUUUUUAUGUUGCUAGUGCCAGGUAAUGGAUUAAACAGUGCCUAUUCAAAAAUCAACUGCAUCCACUUCUACAAAAACAAUACAUAAAAGAUAAUUUCCUUUCACUGAACCAGCAGUAUACAGCAGGUCCACCGGAACACUGAAGGACUGAAUGUGCACGCUUGGACACAUUUUCUUAGCUUUGAAAAAGUUACGUUAGAAAAGGAAUUCAGUAGAUUGACUGGUAAAUAACCAU